UAGAUUUAAUUGAUUAUUUUAGUGGAUUUUUCAGAACAGUCUGUAUUUUGGAGGAACUCAUCGUCACGCUUCACUUUACAUCCGUUUCUAUUUCCUACUAAACUAGAAAUAGAAGCUUUUUUUGAUCAAAUCGCACAGUUCACAUUAGAUAAAUGACUCCUGGAAAAAUAAACCGGCCGCCGUGAAAAGUUCAUCCAAUGAGACACUUCGCUGAGCCGAAUUUUAUUAUGUCAGCACAAAUAAAACUUUACUAACGAUUCAACUAGACGCUCAUUAAACUACUUUUACUGUCGAGUUUCUACGAGUUCAGACGUCAGCAGAGGUUUGUUGGUUUAAAUGGUCUGUUUGGUUGUUCUCACUAAAAAGAAGCAUUUUGAUUAAAAGAAAUAUGAAGUACAGCCAAUCUCAUUACAUUUACAUUUUUGUCUUGAAGUUUCCCAUUUUUCUAAUUUAACUAAUUUGCUUUAGCAGAGCAGAAAAAGCCUGGAGAUGAUAGAAACACAACACCGGUGUGGAGCCAAAAACUGACCACCAGCUGCUCGGUUCAAUACGUUCAUACAGCUGCUUUCACAUCUGGACCAAACACAAAUGAAUGAAGAUAAUGGAUGAAGUUUUUAAUCCUGAACAACAUUUCAGGAGCAGCAGUCAUUUGUGGUAAAAUGGUUUUGAAUGAGUUGGUCCUUCAAUGACGUGAACAGUGGAGGUGAAAUCCUGCAGAGGAUCAAGAGGACCGAGUAGGACUGAUCCAAUGGUAAAAUGUCUAUGUACCUCAUGUAGGUUACAACUGUUGUCUUACUACCUCUAAAAAACACUUUAAAUCACUUCAAACCACUUUAGAUCACUUUAAACAACUUUAAACCAUUUUUAAAUCACUUUAGGCCAACACUUUAGACCACUUUAGAUCAUUUUAAACAACUUUAAACCAUUUUUAAAAUCACAUUAAACCACUUUGAAUCACUUUAGACCAUUUUAAACAACUUUAAACCAUUUUUAAAUCACUUUAGGCCAUUUUAAAACACUUUAAACCACUUUAGAUCAUUUUAAACAACUUUAAACCAUUUUAAAAUCACCUCAAACCACUUUAAACAAUUUUUAAAUCACUUUAGGGCAUUUUUAAAUCAUUUAAAUCGCAUUAAACCACUAUAAAUCAUUCUAAGUAAUUGUGAAUCACUUUAAAUCACUGUGUUCAAAUGUGUAAAUAUGUUGACUUUUAACACAUCUAGUAUUUUUUAUAGAUUUUAAAAUUAGAAGUGUUUCAUUUACAAGUUUUUUAUAGAGUAUAAACUAAGCUACAACGUUAAUCUGGUUACUAACCUGCCUUUGGUUGUUGUCUGUAAACUGCUGAACACUUGAAUGUCUUCCUUCGGGAUUAAUGAAUUGUCUUUCUGUCUCGCUCGGCUGCUAGCUUAGACUAUAGCUUGGACUAGCUUAGACUAUAGCUUGGACUACCCAGACAGACACUCUCCGACUUUACCAACAAACUCCGUCUCUGUGAACGAACCGCUCCACGGUCUCACGGUUAAACGUGCCGGACAGGUCGGCUGAAGGAAGCUCUCCACCGGCUGCAGGUGACCGGAAGCACCGCAGUGAAACCCGUUCACCGGAACUCAAGCUAAACAAGCUAACAGCUAACGGCUAGUGUUAGCUAGCGAAACUAGCUAAACGGCGACAUGUAUCCACAGAAAUACAGAUAUAUAUAAUAUACACAUAUAGACACAAACAGGACGACGGACGGUUUUUUAUAGUUUCAGGUAAACAACAGUCUGGUCUGACUUGAACAUAAAUAGUCAUGACGUUAAUUAACUCACUUUUUCAGUAGCUUGGUUUCUGUUGGACAGCAGCUCCACAGAGUGUUCUGGUCAAACCAUCACCACUUUUUUAACGGGCUGCACAGUGGUUAGCACUGUGGCCUUGCAGCAAGAAGAUCCUGGUUCAAAUCCCGGCCUGGGCCUGGGAUCUUUCUGCAUGGAGUUUGCAUGUUCUCCCUGUGCAUGCGUGGGUUUUCUCCGGGUACUCCGGCUUCCUCCCACAGUCCAAAAACAUGCUGAGGUUAAUUGGUUACUCUAAAUUGUCCGUAGGUGUGAAUGUGAGUGUGAUUGUGUGUCUGUAUAUGUAGCCCUGUGACAGACUGGUGACCUGUCCAGGGUGUCCCCUGCCUUCGCCCGAGUCAGCUGGGAUAGACUCCAGCACCCCCCAUGACCCUAGAGAGGAUAAAGCGGUGUAUAGAGGAUGGAUGUAUUUUUGAUUUUCCAUUUAGUUAUUCAGUAAUUUUUGACAUGAUUUUUUUUAUUUUUGACAAAUUGAGUCACUUUCUUUCUGGACAAUAAUUAAUGACUUUGGGGAAAAAUUUACCAUUUGGAGCAUUUUUUAAGCAAAUCUAUGACAUGGACAAAUUUUAGGGAGACUUUGUGAAAAACUAUUGGUCAUUUGAACAAGUUGUUGAACUCUGUCCUACAUUCUGCUAUCGUGAAACUUCACAGAUUCAGUCUGAAACCUCCUGAACCGCUUUGAAACCAUCAGACAUGCGUGACAUUUCCUUGUUAAAGUCUGGAAGGACAUCACGCUAACGCUGUCCCUCUGAGGCCUCUGAUAACAAACAGGAACCUCACCUGGUGCUCACUGAUUCAGUCUCUGGUUUCUUCUUCUGUCCUUCACACCUUUCAGGCAGUUUUUGCCCUGCUGAUGGAGAUUUUGAUGCUUUCUGAGUCCUGUCUGGGAGAUCGAAGGAUUUUAUUAAUGGGAGCCCAGAAGGAAUUGGAAACCACAAAUCAACACGUUGACUCAAAACCACAGAUAGAACACAAAGUGAGAGAUUUAAAGACACUAAGUAGAGCAGCUUAAUGAGCCCAAGAGCUAAAUGAACCUUCAGGAAUGAUGGUAAAUAUUUUCCUGUGUUUGGAACAUUUUCAUAGAACUCAGCAUCAGUUCUUCAGCUGUUUAGGUUCUCAUUCUGCUGCAGACAAUGACCCCAGACAUACAUAUCUAUAUUUAUCAUACUUAUAUUUAUCCUUCACCUACGUCUGUCCCAUGUUUGUUUCAGUUAAAUUCUUUACUGAACAGGAACUUUAGACGUUCCACAGUGUUACAUGAUGAUGAAGCACAACGUUUGUAAAAACUUUGGAGAACAUUAAAGCGUGACAGUCUAACAAACAUGUCUUGGGUUAUCCUGUGUUUCAGAAGAACAUUCUGGGAACUGAAAGAGAACUUCCUACUAAAAACAAUAUUAGUCCUUUGCAGAACUUUCCCAGAACGUUUUUGAAAUAAUGAAAUUCUAACAUGCUAUUUAUAGGGAGUUAAAACCAGAAAAAGCCUGAAAGUCGUCCAUGCGUCGGUUCUUCACAUGGAUCUGGUGUCACUGCCACUCCUCAGCGCUCACUAAAUCUAACACAGUUGACUGCAGCUUGUCACACGGAGACUUUACAUCACCAAGAACUCUUCACAACGUUGCCAAGAGCCCGAGAAGAGUCAAAACAGUGUGGAUGCCUGCAGACGUUCUUCUCCCUGUCGUAGUAAACAUCCGGAAGGAACCAGUCUGUCCGUCAGAUGAGAGCUGGCAUCGGGCCUCCAGUGGGUCAGAUCAGUGGCUGCUGGCUGGAAUCCAUGAGGAUCAUAGGAACCCUUUUUAAAGUAAAAUAAGAAUGAAAACAGGAACCCUGAGGAACACGUUGAUGUUGGAUGUUAUUGUUGGAUGCUGAUGGUGGAUACUGAUGCUGUAUCAUGAUGUUGGAUGCUGAUGUUGGAUGUUGGAAUGCUGAUGUUGGAUGUUAAUACUAAUGUUGGAUGUUAAUGUUGGAUGUUGAUGUUGGAUACUAAUGCUGUAUCAUGAUGUUGGAUGCUGAUGUUGGAUGUUGAUGUUGGAUGCUGAUGUUGGAUGUUGAUGUUGGAUGCUGUAUCAUGAUGUUGGAUGCUGAUGUUGGAUCUUAAUGUUGGAUGGUCAUGUUGGAUGCUGUAUCAUGAUGUUGGAUGUUAUUGUUGGAUACUAAUGCUGUAUCAUGAUGUUGGAUGCUGAUGUUGGAUGUUGAUGUUGUAUGCUGUUUCAUGAUGUUGGAUGCUGAUGUUGGAUGUUGAUGUUGGAUGCUGUUUCAUGAUGUUGGAUGCUGAUGUUGGAUGCUGUUUCAUGAUGUUGGAUGCUGUUUCAUGAUGUUGGAUGCUGUUUCAUGAUGUUGGAUGUUGAUGUUGGACGCUGAUGUCGGAUGCUGUUUCAUGAUGUUGGAUGCUGAUGUUAGAUGCUGAUGUUGGAUGCUGUUUCAUGUUGUUGGAUGCUGAUGUUGGAUGUUGUUUCAUGAUGUUGGAUGCUGAUGUUGGAUGCUGUUUCAUGAUGUUGGAUGCUGAUGUUGGAUGCUGUUUCAUGAUGUUGGAUGCUGAUGUUGGAUGCUGUUUCAUGAUGUUGGAUGCUGUUUCAUGAUGUUGGAUGCUGAUGUUAGAUGCUGAUGUUGGAUGCUGUUUCAUGUUGUUGGAUGCUGAUGUUGGAUGCUGUUUCAUGAUGUUGGAUGCUGUUUCAUGAUGUUGGAUGCUGAUGUUAGAUGCUGAUGUUGGAUGCUGUUUCAUGAUGUUGGAUGCUGAUGUUGGAUGCUGUUUCAUGAUGUUGGAUGCUGAUGUUGGAUGUUGUUUCAUGAUGUUGGAUGCUGAUGUUGGAUGCUGUUUCAUGAUGUUGGAUGCUGAUGUUGGAUGCUGUUUCAUGAUGUUGGAUGCUGUUUCAUGAUGUUGGAUGCUGAUGUUAGAUGCUGAUGUUGGAUGCUGUUUCAUGAUGUUGGAUGCUGAUGUUGGAUGCUGUUUCAUGAUGUUGGAUGCUGUUUCAUGUUGGAUGCUGAUGUUAGAUGCUGAUGUUGGAUGCUGUUUCAUGAUGUUGGAUGCUGAUGUUGGAUGUUGAUGUUGGAUGCUGUUUCAUGAUGUUGGAUGCUGAUGUUGGAUGCUGUUUCAUGAUGUUGGAUGCUGUUUCAUGAUGUUGGAUGCUGAUGUUGGAUGAUGUUUCAUGAUGUUGGAUGCUGUUUCAUGAUGUUGGAUGCUGAUGUUGAAUGAUGUUUCAUGAUGUUGGAUGCUGAUGUUGGAUGCUGUUUCAUGAUGUUGGAUGCUGAUGUUAGAUGCUGAUGUUGGAUGCUGUUUCAUGAUGUUGGAUGCUGAUGUUGGAUGCUGAUGUUGGAUGCUGUUUCAUGUUGUUGGAUGCUGAUGUUGGAUGCUGUUUCAUGAUGUUGGAUGCUGCCUAGGCGCCCACAGUGUCUCCAGAGGUGACCUUCCUGUGGGGGAGGGGAUGCUGACCCUCAUUUAGGCCAUUCUGUUACUGACAGUGAAAUGUGAGCAGAUCGGAGGUCAGCUUCUUCCCUCAGCUGCAGCAACUCGCUAAUAAACAAAGACUCGUCAUUACAUCACUUCACAGCUGCUCCCCACAUGGGAAUUAAUCCGUAACAUACUGUGCACGCGAAUAAUCAGCCGCCAUAGAGCCGGGCAGGUCGCUGCCUGUUCAAGGGAUUUUCAGUAACCUUUCUGGAGUCGCUUCCGUUCUUGGCCGUCUUCGAUUGUCAUCAGAGAUCCAUGUUUCGGCUCACAGCCUCACGACGUUCAGACCGGUAGGCGAAGCUGUGGACCCAGAGCUGUCAAAAUGUGUUUUCCUGAACACGACGCACCACUUCCAUUCAUUCCUGUCUUUUUUCUGACAUACCUCUGAGAAACUGAAGCUGUUAAAAUGCAGUUUCAUCAGAGAGCCUUGGGACUUAAAUAAAUUCUGAACCCUCCAGCAGCCAGGAAGAAAUGAGAGUUUGAGAUUUCUGAAGCAGUUCCUUGAUUUAGUUUCUUUUUCCACCGAGUGUGGAUGAAGUUGUGGUUUCAGAGACUGCUUCCUGCUGACCUGUCCAGAGAAUUAGAAGCUCACAUCUUCACUCUGAGUGGAACUUCAGCUCCAGACUCAUGGACUUCCUGUGGAACUGAUACGAUGUUUUAUUUGAUCUGGUUUAGUGCCGUUAAUGUCCAAAAAUAAUAAUUUAAAACAUUCUGAUAGUAGUUUGUGAUUCAUUGGACUUGCCUUGGAACUUGCCAGUUUGGACUUGGGACUUUAAAAUAACAGUAAAUUUUUGUGAAACAGGAAGUAUUUUGGGUCCUUUUUUCUCAUAAAUGUCAUUUUAUAGUCAGGAAGUGUAAAAAUAUUCAUAAUACCAGUUAAAUAUGGAGGUUUAUGGGGAUGUGAUUCACAGUUUUACUUUGUUUUACUGUAAUUUAAAGUUUUAUGUUCUGUGACAGUAAAGUUACAGUUAGAUGAGGUUAAUAAGGUGAUUUUUAUUUAUUUUUUUACAGUGUACUGGUGAGGUUAAUAAGGUGAUUUUUAUUUAUUUUUUACAGUGUACUGGUGAGGUUUAUAAGGUAAUUUUUUAUCUUUUUUUACAGUGUACUAGUGUGGUUCUGCCAGGUGCUGGAAGGAGGUCAGCAGGACGUAAACUCAGACACUAAUUAUUUUAAUUGAGCUGGUUUAAUUGUCUGAACGUUCAGAUUCUGUGGCACAGAAAAAGUCAAUCUGUCGGUGGGAUCACGUGAUCAGGAUCCAGCGCUAACGAGGAGCUCCGGGUCACAUGACGUCUCGUUAGAUUCGUCCAGAGCUCUGAUUCAAGUCUUAAUGAGACGGCCUGUAAAAAGCAAUGUGAUGAUGUUUUUCUUUCACCUUACAACAAAUAACUGUGAAUUAAUGUGUUCUUAAAGUUUAUUUUACAUAUUUGUACUUUUUCUGUGAUUUAACCAGUUAGUAUCUGUAGUUUAACAAGACUAGAAAAGUCUUUAAAUCAGUCACAAGUUAAGCCAACAAGUCUCAAGUGAAGUUCCAAGUCAAAUCCAACAACUCCCAAGUUAAAGACCAAGUCCCAAGUGAAGUCCAACAAGUCCUAAGACGAGUCCAACAAGUUCAAGGUUGAAGCUAACAAGUUCAAAGCCAAGUCCCUAGUCCAGCCAACAAGUUCCAGACUAACAGGUCUCAAGUCAAGACUAACAGGUCCCAAGUCAAGUUCAUCAAGUCUUAAGUCAAGAUGCAAGUCAAGUCCCAAGUCAAGUCCCAAGUUGAGCCACAAGUCCUAAAUCAAGUCCUGUGUCCAAGUCCCAGGUUGAGUGUUAAAGUUCAAAAUCAAGUCACAAGUUAAGACCAAUAAGUACUCAGUUCAGUUUAACAAGUCCUUGAUCGAGUCCAAGUCCAGACUCAGCAGUCAGCUGUGAUUUUUAGGCGUGAACAGAAUCAGUCCUUGUGAACUUUGUCCUGCUCACCUGUGACUAAAGCUCUACCUGAGUCUGUUCCAGGUGAGGAUCGUAUUUCAGACACGCCCACCUCUGCUGCUCAACAAAGCGAAAAGCUCUCAAACGUCUUUCCCCGUCCAAAGGUUCGUACCGAAGAACUUCUCCUUCCUUCAUGGACUCUCACGGAAAAUCAGGGAAGGUUUACCUCCGACCACACAAAACUGGAAAAAAAUGGAAGCCGGUCUGGUUGUCUCUGUUUCCCCCCAGCAGCAGUGGAGUCGGUCGACUGGAGAUCCAGGAUAUGGGAGGAGGAGGUUCUGGAGGUGACAGGAAGGUGGUCCGGCUGUCGGAGCUGAUCAGCGUCCUCAGACUGCCACCAAACGCUGAGGCCUGUCCCACGGAGAACAUGGCGGCCUUCUGCGUGGAGACCCGGGACAGGACCAUGGUGUUUGCCGCCCCCAAAGGCGAGAGCGUGGACUGGGUGGACAAACUGUGUCUCAGCACGUUUCAGAGAGGAGGAGGUUCGACCUCCAGUCAGCGUCACAUGGAGGAGAACCAGAUCUACGCCUCAGCAGAUGAAGCUCCACAGUUCUGGGUGGUGGUUCAGAGGACGGAUGCAGCGGCUCGCUGCGGCCUGCAGAGGGCGUACUGGCUGCAGGUGGACCGAGAGGCACUGCUGCUGAGAGAAACCCAGAAGGAGAAGAAGGUCGUUGCAGAGUGGCCGUACGAACUGCUGAGGAGAUAUGGGAAGGAUAAGGCGGCGUUAACCAUUGAAGCCGGCCGACGCUGUGACUCUGGUCCUGGAACCUUCACCUUUGAGACGCAACAAGCUGAGAACAUCUUCUCCCUGAUCCAGAGCACCAUCAAGCAGAAGACUUCAUCAGGAAACCACAACCUGGAGGCUGAGAAGGUGGUGGUGGCCAACAUCCAGGCUCAUUCUCCUCUCCCCAGAAUACCCGACAUGACCAGCAUGGCCGCCCUCCUGGAGAACCAGCUGAGGACUCUGGGGAGGAAGUCUCCGGCGUUGGACGAGGGUUCACCUGUUCAGGUAGAUUUGGUCGGUAAAUCAGAUCCAUCACAGCCGGCUCCCAUCACCCUCAUGCCACUCCCAUUGGUCCCCACACAUGAGGGAAGUCAUCACGGCGGCCAAUCAGACGGCAUCUACGCCGACCCAUCUGACUGCAUCCAGCCGGUCCCGAAACCGACCACGGCUCUGUACGUCGACCCGGCCAGCGUUCUCCCACUAAAACCCCCCGGCUCAAGAGAACCUCCCGUUCCACAUUCAUGCCUCAGUACCGUGGACUCGGUCUACUCUGAGGUGUACGACAAAAUCAGCCCGGACCAGAACAAACAGAACGUCCUGCAGAGAAAAACCAACACAAACAGUGAACCCAUUUACACCGAGCCCAUGAGCAACACAGACAAGGUGUCUCCCAGAACCGAGACCAAACCCGACCCGUUUGAGCACCUUUACGCUAAAGUCUGCAAGACACCUCCAUCAUCGAGUCCCACAACAUCUCCCACCGCCGCCGCCUCCACGCCGGCCUCCUCCACUACCACCACCACGACUAGUCAAGAACCUCUCGAUGACGUCAUCUAUGAAAACCUGGGGAUCAUUUAACUUGGCUGUUUUCUGGAGGCCAAAAGUCCUGCUGACAGUCUGAUGAAUUCACUUAGAAACCCGACUUUCUGAUGUAUUUUUACAUUUUUAUUUUGUAAUUGUAAUGUCAUAUGUUGCCAUCUGUUCAAGAACAAACUCAGCUCCCUCAGGUCCGGUUCCAGAAUAAAAUGACUGAGAAUGCCUCUGAAAUGACUCCUAAACCCAGUUCACACCCAGUUUCUGCAUGUCAGCUACUUUCAUCUGGACCAAACAGCCACAAUGUGCAAAUUCACUGAACUUUCCAUCAAUUUGUGGUGACAGCAAACAUCGGACACAAAAUCAGUUUGUAGUAGAAUCAGUAGUGAAGAGCUGAUCCAAAUCAAGGUAUUAUCAGCUGGUGGUUUGUUUUAAGCAUUGGAGUUCUGGGUGGAGGACAUAAAGUGUCACAUUAGUCUCUGUCAUGG